ACGCGCAUAUAGUGGCGAGACAGUGUCAAGACAAUAUUCUUCCCAUUUUCACAAGUCCGUGAACGCACGCUCUACCAGAGAAAGUGGGUUGGUUGGCACUUCCUCUUGUUGAAGCACGGUGGGCUCGAACAUGUCCGAGUCCUCUCUCUUCGUCCAAUUUAACACCCGAAGACAAGUUGCAUACGUGUCUCCAUCCUUCUCGGGUCUUGACUUUCACUAACCCCCCCUUACCUUCUUCUUCUCUGUUGCGCUUCUCUUCUCCUCCAAGCCUACAGUGAAGAGAGAGUGAGAUUUGUCUGGAGAGAGAGGAGAAGGGAUUUGUUUGGGGAGAAAGAAAAUUGGUAAAGAGAGAUAGAGGAGAAAGGGUUGUUUGGGUGGAAGACAGAGAGAGUUCUCUAGAGAGAGAAAAGGAGAGAGAGAGAGACUGUGGUUGAUCUUUUGUGGGUGAUGAGGUGGGUGGCAAUGAAAGGAGAAGGGAAGAUGGUAUUCAAGUCUAGGCUGAAGUGGGUUGGGCUGGUUGGGCUUGUUCUGUCGGCUUUCUCUCUCUUCACCCACUUCUUACUGGCUAGAUAUACAGAGGAGGGUAUUACAGAGUACCAGUCUUCAAUCACAAUCUUCUCUUGGAGGCCCAUCUUUGAGAAUGCCGAUCUUUCCAUAACUAGUCCACUUUAUAGGAGACUGUGGGGUCCUGUUAGGCAUAUUGAGUCUUUACAUCCACAUGCCAAUCCCAGAGGAAACUACGCAGCUCCCCUGUUGCAAACAAAUGGCUUUAUUUUUGUUAGGAUACGAGGAGGUUUUCAUGAUAUCAGGAACUCGAUAUGUGAUGCUGUUGUGGUUUCUCGGCUUCUCAAUGCUACCUUAGUUAUCCCUGAGAUACAAUCAACCACAAGCAGCAAGGGGAUCAGCUCCGAGUUUAAGAGCUUUGCCUAUCUCUAUAAUGAGGAUCAGUUUAUGGUAGCAGUAGCAAAAGAUGUUAGGAUUGUGAAAACCCUUCCAAAGAACCUCAAAGGGGCAAGAAGAAAGAAAAAGAUUCCUUCAUUUAGAGUUUCUCACUCCGAGUCUCCAUAUUUUUAUCUGCACAAAGUUCUACCGGUACUAAACAGGCACUCGGUGGUUGAACUAGUUGUUUCCAAUGGAGGCUGUUUGCAGGCUAUUCUUCCCCCCAAUCUUGAAGAGUAUCAGAGGUUGAGAUGUAGAGUUGCUUUUCAUGCCCUACAGUUCCGAGAGGAGGUCCAGGAACUUGCAAAUAAAGUUUUAAAUAGGUUAAGAGCUCCUGGUCGGCCAUUCAUCGCCUAUGAUCCUGGGAUGACGAGAGAUGCUUUAGCAUAUUAUGGCUGUGCUGAACUCUUUCAGGAUGUACAUACUGAACUCAUUCAGCACAGACGGUCAUGGAUGAUCAAACGUGGGAUUAUAAAGGGGAAGCUUUCUGUGAAUUCGGGGGAGCAACAUCUUAAUGGUUCUUGUCCACUUAUGCCAGAAGAGGUUGGUAUUCUUCUUCGUGCAUAUGGUUACUCCUGGGACACAAUAAUUUAUCUCUCUGGAGGAGAGGUCUUUGGUGGCCAAAAGAAGUUAAUUCCACUUCAUGCUAUGUUUGAAAAUGUUGUUGAUAGGACCUCCCUGUGCACGCCAUGGGAGCUCAGUAAAAUAUAUGGUCGUGAGGCCAACCUAAUUGACAACUAUCCAAGGACGCCACCUCCUGUUAAGGAAGAAAUCAAACUUGAAGCAUGGAAAACAUCAGGCCCGCGUCCUCGCCCACUUCCUCCUCCCCCUGCGCGACCCAAAUCAUAUAAUAUUGAAGGGUGGUGGGGUUGGGUAGCUGAGAGCGAUAACGAGCCUGAGAGUACGGUUAUGGAGUUGAGGACUAAUGCUCAUAAACUAUUAUGGGAAGCAAUUGACUACACAGUCUCUGUUGAAGCAGAUGUUUUCAUCCCUGGGUUUGAUCGUGAUGGUAACGGGCGCCCAAAUUUUGCUAGCUUGGUUAUGGGGCAUAGACUCUAUCAGUCAGCGGGAUCUAAAACAUACAGGCCUGACAGAAAAGAAGUUGCUAAGCUUUUAGAAGAGAUCCGUGACCACUUAUAUGAAGCAAAUCAUACUUGGAUAACAUCAAUACGCAGGCACCUGAGAAGAACCUUACUCGAUGCAUUGACAGAAAGGUCAACAAGAUCGAAACCAUUUUCUUUUCUCUCUCACCCAGUCCCUGAAUGUUCUUGCUUAAGAUCUGCCCACACCCAAACAUCAUCUCAUGCUCCAACUGCUUCAAAUCAAUCACAAGUUGAGGCCAUUCUUGGGGUUACACACCGUUGCCCUGCUUGGAUGGACAGUAAUCCGAUCUCACAAUCAAGGGAUAAAGAAAGUGAGGAGGAUCUUGAUGAGGAUGAUUUCACCUCAUCUGGACUGUUCUUCCAGUAUAGAGGCGUAAAUCAUGAAAGCGGAGGAGAAAUGAAUAACAAAGAAGAAGCUCCAAUGGAGGAUCAAGAAGAACUAGAAGGUAGUGAUAGAUAAUGGAAGGCAAGAUUAAAAUUGCAGUAGUAGUUUCCCUGAGCACCAAUUUGUGUAAAUAUAUUACCUUCUAUUUGCUGAUCCUAACAAGUCGGUCUGGUCCUUGAUUUUAGCUCAACUUGGGUCGGAUCAAUCUUGUUCUGGCGUGCAGCAUUUUUUUUGGUGAAUUAUAGUUAAAGUCCAAGUCCCCUGUGGAAAUAUUAGUGUAGUUUGAGGUAACCUCAACCAAUUAGUGUAGUUUGAGGUAACCUCAACCAAUUUUUGAUGUAGUUCAACAUAUUUUUAGUUGCACACUCAAUAUUUGGAUGACAUUCUAACCCUGCUUCAAAUGGAUGUAACCUGGUAAAGAGCAUAAAUUGAUGAGACUUGUUGGCCUGACAUC